AUGGGCAGCCCAAUGUCGGCAGUCAUUUGUGAAUUAGUAUUACGACAACUCAAAAGAAGUAUCAUACCCAUAUUUGGUUACGAUAUAAUAAUAUACGCCAGGUACAUCGAUGACAUCUUCAUCUUGUGGAAAAAUGCUGACAUCACACAGAAUUUUAUGGAAAGGAUCAACCCAUAUGGGUCCAAAUCCAAAGUCAACCCAUAUGGGUUGACUUUAGAUUUGGACCAGGAAAGCGAGAAGAAUGUUAACUUCCUGGAUAUAUCGAUUACUUGUAAGGAAGGAGAAAUAUGGACAGGCGUAUAUAGAAAACCAGUUUAUCAACCUAUUAUCAUACCAAAGAAUUCCUUUGAUACUAAGCAAAUUAAAUAUGCGGCGUUUAGAGCAUGGAUUAAAAGAGCGUAUACCCACUGCACGAGUUUAGUUGAUACAUACGAGGAAUUGGAUUACAUACAAAAAGUUGCGGCCCAGCAAGGAUACCACAAAAAAGAAAUUGAGGCACUUAUUAAAAGAAUGCAGAUAGAAAACCAGCAGCCUCCUGUAAUAGAGCAAAGAAAAAAUGUGGUUAUUAAUUAUUUUCCAUUUCUAAACAAGAUAAUUAGGAAAGUUGCCAAUAAAAAUAAGUUACGAAUUAUUUAUCGACGCAAUCUAACUGUUUAUAGAAUGUUAAGGAAUGACAAGAUGAAGGAUAAUCGCAAUAGUUUAACAGGUAUAUAUUCUAUACCUAUAAAGGAUCGACGCUUUAAUACCAACCUCGUAUACGUUGGGGCAACUAUGCGGAGUUUAAAGCAAAGGCUAAAAGAGCAUAAAUAUUCCGUGGAUAAGAACAUCGACAGUACAGCUCUGGCAGCGUUUGCCAAAGAACAAGAUGUAACCGUAUACUGGGAUAGUGCGGCGAUAAUUAGGGCCACAAGAUCGUUACAAGCGGUGAAGCAUCUAGAAAAAAUAGAAAUCCAUAAAGCGCACUUAGCCACGAGGUGCAUCAAUUAUAGGGAUGCUGAAGGUUUGGCAACUGCUUGGAGGUCGUUUUACAAUAACACAAGUUAA